AUGCCCCAGGAGCCCCAGCAGACAGACUUCCAGCUGGUGCGAGUCAAGAGCACAUGGUGCCGCAUCAAGAAAGGAGAAACCCUUUCCGACUGCAAGGACAAGAUAACUCUCUCCGAAGCAAAAAUAGGUGAAUGUGUCUCCGAAGGUGGGAUUUCCUGGACAAUUGAAGCUCCCAUCUAUUUUUGCUACAAAGUGGUAGAAACAUACAAUAUUCUGGAUCCCUCUAACACUACUCUGCUCUGGGGUCACAUUACUGACGCCCAGCAACUAGAGUUAGCCACUGGUAGCAAAAAGAAGCUGAGGCGCUUCAUUGUCAUAGAUGAAGUUGUUGAUGAACUUUAUGGCUCCAAAGUCAGAGAAUACUUUGAAGAGAACAACGUUCAGCACAAGAUCCUCGCCCUGCCUACCACUGAAGAAACGAAAUCCAUGGACCUGGUCUUGAACAUCUUGCAAGAAGUCCAGAACUUCAGCAUUGACAGGCGAACAGAGCCCAUCAUCGCCAUCGGAGGCGGCGUCUGCCUGGACAUCGUAGGACUAGCCGCGUCACUCUAUAGAAGACGUACCCCUUACAUUCGGGUCCCAACAACCCUCCUCUCUUACGUUGACGCCAGCGUGGGGGCAAAGAACGGGGUGAAUUUCCUGCAGUGUAAGAACAAGCUCGGAGGGUACACCCCUCCAGUAGCGAGUUUCCUGGAUAGAUCCUUCAUUCAGAGUAUUCCUCGGCGACACAUCUCCAAUGGCCUUGGUGAAAUUUUAAAGAUGGCACUCAUGAAACACAAAGGGCUGUUUGACCUGCUCAAGAGCCAUGGGAAAUACCUGCUGGACACCAAGUUCCAGUCCUACAGUGGCUCUGCUGGCCACGGGGAUGCUGCACUGCAGACUACCAGAAUUGCCAUCGAAACCAUGUUGGAAGAGCUAGCUCCCAACCUCUGGGAGGAUGACCUGGACAGACUGGUUGAUUUUGGUCACCUUAUAAGCCCAGAGCUGGAAAUGAGGGUUUUGCCAUCGCUGAUGCACGGAGAAGCUGUGAACGUUGACAUGGCGUUCAUGACGUACGUCGCCCACGCGCGGGGGCUCAUCACUGCCGAGGAGAAGGAGCAGAUCAUC